UUUUUGAGAUAACAGCGGCUGGUCACACGAUUGUUUGUUGUCUUUUUUUUCGCCAGCUUGCAUGUGCAAUUAAUUUAUUUUUUUUAAUUAUUCCCGUAGCAUUGCUUAGUGUGCGUGACAGCCAAAACCAUGUGAGCACAAAGAAAGUGACACAAGUGUCUAGCCGCAGCAUCAACUAAUUUAAGAUAAAGUGCAAUAUUUACACAUAUACGUAUUUUUAAAAUAUAAGUGCGACGAUUUCGUUAUAAAUAAACUAAGCUGCCAAAUAAAGAUAAACAUGGCGGUCCUGCAGCACGGAUAUAAGGACAUCUUGUUCGUGUACUUGGAUGCAUUCAUCCGCGACUUCGACUGCAAGGAUGUCCAGGACUCCCUCCUCAGUGUCUUGUCGAAGGAGGAAGUCGAGAUCGUCAUCAAAAGCAAGGAUGCUGAGAGCGCAACGUAUCGACUCUUUUGGUCCCUGCUCGCCAAGCCCGAGUCGGUGGUCAAGGACUUCGUUGAGGACGUCCUGAAUCCGAAAGAUCAGCCCAACUACGACUUCCUGAUGGCAGCUAUCCAGGCUGAGUACCAGAGCCCCAGCUUGGAAACCAAAAUGUACAUCGAGCAGCGGGAUCGCCUUUACAACGACAACCAGUUGUUUGCCCAGUACAACGUGAAUCGCCUGCAGCCGUACCUGAAACUGAAGAAAGCUCUACUGGAACUCAGGCCGGCCAAAAAUGUGCUCAUAGAUGGUGCUCUGGGCGCCGGAAAGCAGUGGCUGGCUCUGGACGUGUGCUCGUCCGUCAAGGUUCAGCGCGCCAUGGACUUUAAAAUCUUUUGGCUGAACAUGAAGAACUGCAACAGUCCCGAGUCCAUUCUGGAGAUGCUACAGACCCUGCAGCAUCAGAUAGAUCCCAAUUAUACGCAGCGCAGUGACCCCGCCAGCAAUAUCAAGCAACGGAUCCUUAGCACCCAAGCGGAACUGAGACGCCUCUUGAGGAGCAAGCCCUACGAGAACUGUCUACUGGUGCUAAGGAAUGUCCAGAGCGAGAAGGCUUGGAGUGCCUUUAAUCUUGGCUGCAAAAUCCUUCUGACAACGAGAUUCAAGCAGGUCACCCAGUUUCUAUCGGCGGCCACCACAACUCACAUAUCCCUGGACGACCAUUCGUUGAUGCUGACACCGGAUGAGGUGAAAGCGUUGUGCCUCAAGUACAUCCACUGUAGUGCGCAGGACCUGCCAAGGGAGGUGCCCACGAAUAACCCGCGAAAACUAAGCCUAAUUGCCGAGAGUAUUAAGGAUGGCCUGGCCACGUGGGACAAUUGGAAGCAUGUUAAUUGUGACAAACUGACGACCAUCAUCGAAGGGGCGCUUAAGGUUCUUGAGCCGCUCGGCUACCGGAAACUGUUCGAUAGACUGUCCAUAUUUCCGCCCUCGGCCCGCAUACCCAUCAAUCUCCUAUCUCUGAUUUGGUUCGACGACAAAUCUAGUGGCGAUUAUCCGAUGGUGGUGGUGAACAAGCUUCACAAGUACUCUCUGGUGGAGAAACAUCCUGAGGAAUCAACCAUAAGUAUACCCGCUAUAUACUUGGAGUUAAAAGUGAAUGGCGACGAUUAUGCCGCUCUGCAUCAAAGGAUUGUUGAUCACUACAACAUCACAAAGGCAUUCGACCAUGAUGACUUGAUUCUGACCUCCCUGGAUAGAUAUUUCUAUAGUCACAUUGGGCAUCAUCUGAUGGCCAUUGAGCCAUCCGAAAAGGUGGAUCUGUUUAGAAAGGUUUUCCUCGAUUUCCGCUUUUUGGAGCAAAAGAUUCGACAUGAUACGACGGCUUGGAAUGCCUGUGGAUCCAUACUAGAUACCCUGCACCAGUUGAAGUUCUACAAGAAACACAUAUGCGACAAUGAUCUCCAGUACGAUGGGUUGGUAAAUGCCAUUUUAGACUUUUUGCCAAAGAUAGAAGAGAAUCUUAUUCGUUCGAAGUUUACGGAUCUGCUGAGGAUUGGUCUGAUGGACGAAGAUGAUACCAUUUACGGAGAGGCCUAUCGGCAGGUUCAAAAGUUCAAGGACCGAGUUUGGUUUAUAGAUCAUGGCCGAUUUCAUCAGCAUCGGCAGAUCAUCAACUUGGGCAACAAGGAAGUGCGCCUGGUUCUAUAUUUGGAUGACGAUUUCUGCCUCAUGGCGCUGGCUGGUCAGGAGCUCCUCCUCACCGACGUAUCGCUGGAAGCCGAGGACACCUACCUCCUCAAGGACGAGAACGACAACAGCGAAACCCUUCGGAUGGAAGUUUUCAAUAAUCAGAAGCAUUUGAUCACUCUCCACAGCAACGGUAGUGUCAAGCUCUGGACGCUCUGGCCGGACUGUCCGUGUCGACGCCACAGUGCCGGCAGUCGACAAAGAGUUCGUCCCCCUGCCUCGGCCCACCUCCGAAAUCCCACAGAGACUCGCGGCCACAAACAACUGGUGAACAGUGCAGUGAAUCGCUUCAGCGGCAAUCAUUCCGACCAGAAAAUCACUGCAUUUUAUUUAAACAAGGACUCCCAACCGGGUAACAAGGCGCAGCUUCAUGUGGCCUUCAGUAACGGAGAUGUGAACAUUCUGGAGUGGGAUGAACUCGAUCAGGUGUUCAAAAAAUCACAAACGCCCACUCUAAAAACAGAGCAAUUGGAAAUACGGUCUAUAGUUCAGGUCUUCCAACGAUUCUAUGUGAUAGUUACCGCCGAUUCGACACUUACUGUCUGGGAUCUGUUCAAUAGCUAUGGCGACCAGCCGGAUCUACCAGGGUUUGACGUUCGAAACGACACUCUGUUGGCCAUGGAGGCCUAUGACGAGAGGAAUGAAGAAGCCACCGUCCUACUGAUCUUCAAACAGUCUGUCUGGCGCUUGAAAUUCAUACCGGGACCCAAGGUGAUUCUAAAUGCGGAGGCAGUGGAUCUUUCGGAGGGCAACUACAUCACCUGCGGCAAACGUUCGGCGGACGGCAACUACCUGUUGCUGGGCACCACUGAGGGUCUGAUCGUGUACGACCUGCAGACCAGUGAUACAGUUCUUCGCAGCAACGUCAGCGAGCAAAUAGAAUGCGUGGACAUUUAUGAACUGUUUGAUCCCGCGUACAAGUACAUUGUCUUGUGCGGAGCCAAGGGCAAGCAGGUGCUUCAUGUUCACACUUUGCGCUCCGAUCCGCACAGGAGAGAAGCGGAGGAUGCUGGUCGAAGCAGAGGAAUCGUCUGGGUGCAUAGUGCUGACGAGACGAGUGUGAAGACCAGCGCCCGACUGGAGCCCAACGUCUACCUCCGAUCGCUGAUGGACAUGACGAACGAACGAUCUCAGCUGCUCGUCGUCGACUCGAAGGAGAGAAUCCAUCAGAUCGAAACCGCUUCUGAUCCAAAUGCCCGUCGCAGAUCGAGCAUUUCGGCAUGGUCCACCAUUACCCCCACCCACGCGGCCACCAAAAUGAGGAUCACUGCCAUUUCCGCCCACGACUAUGAGCACAUCUUUGCUGGCUACGCGGAUGGCGUGAUAAUCGAUGUCAACCGGGAUGAGGUGCUGCCGCAGCAGUUCAUAACCGAACCCAUUGCCUACCUCAAGCAAGUUAGCUCCAACGUGCUGGUGGCUUCCUCCCACGAUGCCAAUGCCCCAAAGACUGUGAUAUUCCAGCUGCAGGAGGCGGAAAGCGAGCAAUGGCCCCUAUAUUUGAACAUAGGUACUAAGUACGCAUGUCUAGUUGGGGGUCCUUUCCUUGUAUUGUUUUCCGACCACGGUGUGUCUCAUGUGGACUUGACCAACCCUUCAGCCUUCGUUAGACCAGAGGAAUCCCAUGAAUCCCUGGUGGGCUUCGAUUUAAAGAACGGUCUGCUCUUUCUCGCUUACGGAAACAAUUACAUUGAAGUUUUCCGACUAGUCUUCAGCAACUCCCACCUGACGUACAAGCUGAUUUGUGAGCAAAAGAUCGGGCAAACGGAAAAGAUUACCUACCUAUCGGCCAGCGAGGAUGGAACAAUGUUUAGCCUGGGAUUUAAGAGUGGGAUUAUAGAGCUUUUCUCACUGGAUGGCAGACAAAUAACGCUGAUCACCAGUAUCAGGGAGGUCCACAUGGGUCCUAUCCGCCAGCUGCGGUUCUCGCCCUGCAAGCUGCUCCUGAUCAGUUGCGCCGAACAGUUGUGCUUCUGGAAUGUGACCCAUAUGCGGAACAACCAGGGAGAGCAGCGGCCCAACCAGAGCCGCAGUCGCCGCAUCAAACUCCACAGUGUGCCCCACGAAGACGCCGUGGAUGCUGCUCCCAUUGCAUCCGACUCAGAUGCAGAGCCGCCCUCCUCGUUGCCGCGCCAAUCCUUCGCCGAUAGCCAGAGAGAGGCGGAACUGUGGUUGAACAAGCGCGGGAAUGCUGACCGGCCGGAGCUUCUAGCUUGCAUCAAGUUCGUCGGGAAUGAAGCCAGUCAGUUCUUCACCGACAGCACGUUCUCCAAGUUCUAUGUCAUUGACGACGAAGGUGUCUACUAUCACCUGAUGCUGCUGGAUCCAAGUAGACUGCGUCUGCCUGAACAGAGCUUGGAGAAGAUUACCGAUCGUUCGCUGGAUCAGAUUGGAGACCUACAGUAUGAGGAGUACCUUCGAAUAAUCGAAAGCCCAGCAAGCCAGACUGAAGAAAGCGAGGGAGCCGAUGUUGUGGGUGACUUGGUCCUGGACAAAAAUAGCAAAUUGGAUGACAUUGAUCUGGAACCGCCAGACACAAUACUCGAGGAGGAGACCUCAUGACGCCAGUGGUGCGCCUCUCUGGGGCGCACACACCCGGAUAGCGAACCCUACAACAUGGCAUUUAUAGGCUUACUUAUCUAUUACCUAGUGGUAUUGUUAUUCUACCUCCUGGGACCCGAUUUGUCCUAGGCAACUGUUCAUACGUAUGCAUAGUAAUCAUCGAGCACAAAGACAUAUCUCAGAGGGUGCGGGGCGUUGUCCUGCCUUUUGUUUGGCCACCCACCCGCCCACCAAACCGCGAAAUAAACGACAUUUUCCGAAACGACAAAACGAAA